AUGAAGUCCCAGUUCGCAGCGCUCGCGUUGCUCGGAAGCGUCUUUGCCUCUCCCUCUGAUAUCCUGGAUGUUGAGGUUGCGAACCUGAAUCACGCAACUUACUGCAUCACCUACGAGUCGACAUACCUUGUUCCGGUGUCCUUUGGCACGAAUUACUCAGAAAGCGGUUCUUCCACGAUAGAAGGGUCGGAAUCUUUAUCCUCGGGCUCAGCGAGUCUCCCGCUCUUGACUACAGCAGACGAAGUGGCCACAACAGUUUCUGCCACAGAUACUAAGCAACCCUCAUCGCCUACUGACACUACUGCAGAGCCGCCCACCCUUGUACCGACUGGCCAGCGUGUCAUUUUCCUUGUCACACCUUCUGGUGAACUCACGAAGCGUGACGUUGGGGGCUUCGUCGGUCAAGGCCAUCCCGAUGUCUGCACCUUCGCUACUGUCUUCACCCUUGGACAAGGUCGCCUAUUUGAAGGAGACUUUCCUAUCUCGUACUCAGGAGAGGGUUUCCAGGAGCUUCAUUCCUCCUCCUCACUUGGUGCAAGCGCCAUAACUACUACCUUCAGUAGUGAAGGUGGUGUCCUCGCGUUCUCAAAUCCCUCUUUACCAGGCGGAAAAGCUUCUUUCUGUCAAACCCUUUCGGAUGGCCAAGUCUACAUUACAUACAACUCGAGACCAUCUGGAUGCGUUCUUGUCACGCUAACUGUCUAUGGCGUUGAACGAUGCAUCGACGAUAAGAUUGAUGGCCCAGACACCACGACCAAUGGUUUUACACAGUCCGACGGUGGAGAUGUCACAAUCAGUCCUUCCACCGAGCCCAACGCCUCAACCGGUCCCGAAACGGAAGUCCCGGUGAUAAGCGAAAGCAAUGGUCCAUACAAUACAGAUGAUCCCACCAUCGGGAGGACAUCAGAUGGAGGCGGCAUCGCGUUUCCUACUCUAUCGGUCGUGUCUACUAGAUCCUGGAGUAACCAGACUUCCCGUCCAUCAUCUACCCUAAAAGACCCUGACGUGCCUUCCAACACCGACAUAGUCCUCUCUGCUACCUCAUUCGAAGAUAAGACCCCCGUAUCUACAGAAGACCGGAACCCCAUCUCCAGCUCUGAGGAUGUUUCUACUUCUGAAGGCUUUUCGGAUCCAGUCACCUCCACUACAUUUGCAACUGUAGAUAUCCCCUCAUCUACUACUCUCGCGGAAUCCACAAUUACAGCCUCGUCAGGCGAUGCUGAGAGCACUAUGUCCGAGGGAAGCGAGCUGGAUUCUUCUACCACUCUUAUAACACCGCUGGAAUCCACGACGAUGGAAGCUACUAGCACCAGUGCCGAGACAACUACCACUACUCAGGAACCAGCGCUUGUCGCUCGCAGUAUUACACGCAACGGCAGAUUUGCUGGCUCAGACCCUAACUCGCCUGGCUCCAUUGAAGGGUGGACUACUGCGGGGGAAGCUAUGCUCGAUAACGAAAGAUGCUACAAAGAUGAUGGCAGCAUAGACAACGGUUGCGUUAUACUUUCCGUGUCGGGUGGGACAGACAAUCGCCAUAAGCGAGACAAGUUCUCGUCUUCUAUUGAGCAAUAUGUGACUGGCCUGGAAAUGUUUACGACUUAUACAAUCCAGUUCUAUUACUUGAUCACGGGUACUUCUAGAACUGGAUCUUGUGAAAUCUUCGGAACUGCCGGUAUCGACGUCUUUUAUACCGAGGACAUUAUCUUCUCGGAAUCCAGUGUGCCAUGGCAAAGGGGUAUCGGCACUGUCACAGCGGAUCUAGAUAGGGCCCCUAUCACCAUCUCUCUGUCUUGUACUGGGGGUGGUAGUGCAGUCGUUCGUGUGGACUCAGUGUUUGCUUCAAAUGAGGUUACGCCUGAUAAUAUCUAUGAGUAUGAGUUGGACUAUGGGAGUGAGGGCAAUUGA